AUGGCAAGCAACAACGAUGAUGGUCUGGAAAUGGUCUAUACGCCUAGGGAUGACGGGGUGGAAUGGCCAUUCGAUGUAGAAGAAUGCAUGAUGUUCACAGGUCAAGGAAGCCGCGAAACUCGGAAUGUCAAAAUCUGGAGCGAUAUCCGCCAUCUCCUAGACUAUCCGGAAACAGAACCAUUUGAUGUCGUCUUGAAGAGAUGGGAGUACCAGCCCGAUCUUAUCAGCAACUGUCCUCACGCUCCAGGAGUUCAAUUUCGCAUUGCAGUAAACGAGACUAAUGCCGAAUUAAAUAACCUGACGCCGGAGAAAGGAGACUCUUACUUUACUGCACUUGCAUUGCAUAUCUAUGGAAACGCCGAUCACUGGAUCUUGACGAAGGGCGAGCAUCUGGAAUAUUUCGAAGCUGUAUUGGGGGACAAGGACCAUCCUCGCCAUGAGCUGUACCAGAAAUCCAAUGAGCAAACUUCAGGACCAAACCACUUCCACUUGCUCGAAAGGCUUAUGGUUCCUCAUUGCUGGGUUGAUCAUAAACUUUUACAGCAAGUAACUGCAGAUCUGUACGGAAUCUUCUUGGUCACGAUCACGUCUCAACCGGAAACCGAAGACAUCAUCGAUAUUCAGGUUCGCGGUAGUUACAAUGCACCUCACCGAUUCCUGCUCUUCAACAAUGGAAGCAGCUACAAUCCUCUUGUUCCGAAUGUGCCCCGGCCGUCAGAAUACCGCUUCCCAAGGAUCACGUUCGAUAAUACUCGAGGAGAGUUGGGGAUGGCCGGUAGUUUGAGAAAGUCUGAGAAUGACGGUCUACUUCACCCUUGGCGACGACCUCUUCCUGGUGUUCCAGUCCCGGAGAGACUUGUCCCAGUUCCAAUUACAACGCUCGGCAAAAUAUCUCGUGAGACCAUUGAGAGGGUAAAUUGGAUCACUAUUCGUGAUGAACCUGAUGAUACCAUACAGAUGGCUACCGAUGUUCCAAAAGUGAGCUCUGGAACAUCUAAGGCAAGCCCUGGGUCAAAUAAACCUGAUGACACCAAUCAGAUGGCUAUCGAUGUUCCAAAAGUGAGCUCUGAAACAUCUAAGCCGAGCCCUGGGUUAAAUGAACCUGAUGAUAUGAAUCAGAUGGCUGCCGAUGUUCCAAAAGUAAGCUCUGGAACAUCUAAGCAGAGCCCUGGGUCAAGUGAACCUGAUGAUACUACUCCUGAGAUGCCAAAUAAUGGACCUUCUAAAAAAUCCAUUGACUACUUUCGGAAGAGUCUGAGCGAUCUUGAAGAUAUUGUCAGAAUACGAGGUGUAAAGAUUCCAGAAAGAAUUGCAAAUCAAGCAGAUGCACAAAUUCGAAGAGAGCGAAUUGCUGCUUUACUGGAAAGACUGGACGAAGGGAACGUUGGACAGAGAUGGAACGACUUGCGCGUGUCACAACUAGUCGAUCAAGAAGAGUAUGGGCCUUGUAAACAAGUAGGCGAUGAGACGGAAACGACUACAAAAACCUGGCUGGAGAAGGUCGGAGGCGUACUCAAAAAGACGACCAGAGCGACCACGACGCAGGUACUCACAAGUGUCCCUCUUGGCAUCUUGCCCUUGACGAGAGCAAAGUGCUCAACGACAGCGGAUUGGUUGAAGGUGUAUGAGGAUAUCAAUGCCAACAAUGAUAGCUACCUCCAGUGUCUUCUGCUUGGAGCAAAGCUUGUCCCUACUGGGGUAAGGCAGAAAGAUAUCGAUGCGUAUCAAAAAUUCAUGCUAGGCGAGCAGGCUAUUGAGACAACUAGCAAGGGGAAUUCUCCGAGAGAUGCCCAAGGAGGCAAUACCAUGGGUAACACACCGGAAUCUGCGACAGCAAAUGAAGUUCAAUCUCCGCAACGAAGCCUUCAAGGUAAGCGUUCACCAUCCCCUGAGGAACAAUCUGACGAUGAAUCUAGCUUUGAGCCGGAUUCAGACAUAGAGUCCAGUUCUGAGUCCGAAUCGCCAGACAGAAUCAAUUGGGAGGGAAAGGGAACGACCAUGAGAAUGAUCAGAGACGAGGCCAAGAAACGUAUACCACCCAUUAUAAUCCCUGUUGGGAUGAAGGCGUCGAAGGUGAAAUCUACCUAUGGUCCUCAAUUGACAGCUCUGGAUAAUGCAGCCAAGAAGCAAAGAGAUGCAGUUCGGGCAGCCGAGAGUGCCAGAAGAAAGAAGAGACCUAAGGACAAGCAUGGAAACUUGCACAAGAGAGCAAAGUUCCAGCACGAAAGCGAAGAUGACGACGCUGAUGAGCUUGCGGGCAUGUAAUGGGGAGAAGUGCAAGGCGAACGUGAAGACGAAGACAAGAAUGUUGAAGAAGG